AUGGCUAUUGGCUGGGGAUGGACUCUGGAGACAUUGGUUACACAACAUACUAGAUAUGCAUGGGGCUUUGACGAGGCCAGUGUACUUCAGAUGGAGAGGACAUGGACAAUGUUAUGCUCAUUUGUACAGUAUGAUCACUUCCCAGCCACAGAUUGGGAAGGUGGACUAUUGAAGAUGAGUGAUAUAGAUAGUUUCAUAUGGAGACCUUAUGUAGAUUACGAGGAUUGGGAGGAGGAUGCGACAAAGCUUCCCUAUGUGUUCAGGAGCAGAGUUGUAGCUCGCUUUCUAAUUUGUGUUUGUUUGGUGGGCUUUACUACUGCAAAAUGUGUUCCUGAAAAGUGUGGUUCCAUGAAUGUGAGUUACCCUUUCUGGAUUCACAAGCCUCAUUGUGGACACCCACGUUUUCAGAUCACAUGCACAGAGGACAAGUAUACUGGUAUGCUCUCUCCAUACUUUACUGCCUUUCGAGCUAAUUCUACUGGUCUUUUAGGUAAUUUUACAGAUUUGGUUUUUGAUCGUAUCUCUUCGAAGAUUUUUAUGGAUAUCGAUUAUGAGGGUCACCUCAUCAUAAAUUCUACUUUGAUCAAGGCCGUUUCUUGUAAUGAUGAUCCAAACAACGGUGCGAGAAACUACUUUGAACUACCUUCAGGUGGGCCUUUCACUCUUUCCAACUCUAAUCGGUUAGUUGUUGUGGGCAACGAAACAUUCGGUACCUACAGUUUUGGGGAUUUGGGAGAGGCGAGAUGUGUAACAAUGAAUCUUCAAAGUGAUCAACCAUACUGCCGCUAUGGCUGCUGCGAAAUUAACCUUCCAGAUAAUUUGCCGUUUGUCAAUUUCACAGGCGGAGGUCUGUUUCGAUUGCCCAACUACGAUGGUGAGAGGUUCUGUGGCUUCUCCACCAUAAUGGACCCUUCCACUUUCACCAUCGUCGACAAUGAAACCAACCUAUUUUGGAGAAGAGGCAAAAAGCCUUAUUAUGGUAUCCGUCUUAACUGGGGUGUCGGGGAAAAGGAUUGUGCCAUGGCUAAAGAAACGACGGAUUAUUCUUGUGCAUCCAAUGCAGGAUGCCUUGACUCGCCUUCAGGAAAAGGCCACGUAUGCAAAUGUCUCCCUGGAUAUGAAGGAAAUGGUUACUCCAAUGGCACUGAUUGCACAGAUGUAAACGAAUGUAAUACAAACCAGAGUAUGUGCGUUGGAGUAGAGCAAGGGGGACUAUGCUUUAAUUGGGCAGGUUCCUACAACUGUUCAUGUGCAAAUGGAUAUGUGGGAGAUGGCUUUACAAAUGGGACAGGAUGCAAGUCCACAACUUCAAAUAGCCUAGUCUUUCCUGCAAUCAUAGGUAACGAAGUAUUUAAUAUAUUGCGCGUGUUUGUGUUAGUUGAAUUGUUUGCCUUGAAGAUAUUAAAAAAUAACCAUAUUUUUGUUUCAACUUCCGAUCUGGUAAAAUACACAGGAGCCGUCUCGUCGUUUGUGGUUGUCUCUCUAGCAGCGUCUCUUUUGGUUUGGAGUCUAAAGAAACGCCACUUGAAACUUGUGGAGGCCAAGUACUAUCAGCUGUUGCAGCGACACAUAGAUUCUACAGUGGGGAGAGAAAGCCUGAGAAUUUUUUCUGCCAAGGAAUUGGCAAGAGCUUCUAAUAAUUAUUCAAAUGAAAUGACAUUGGGAAGUGGUGGCUUUGGAACUGUGUUCAAAGGCAUUCUAUCAGAUGGUACUCUUGUGGCCAUUAAAAAGUCCAAGCAAGCUUUAAAUCUGGAGGAUGACCAUGAGUUGCUUAAUGAAGUUACAAUUCUCUCCCAAAUAAAUCACAGAAAUAUAGUGAAAUUGUUCGGGUGCUGCAUCCAAAAUAAAUUCCCUUUGUUGGUAUCUGAAUUUGUUCCCAAUGGAACACUCUUUCAACAUUUACACUCCAAAGAGGGGUCUUUGUCUUGGGCGUCACGUCUGCAAAUUGCAAUUGAGACAGGGGAGGCUUUGGCAUACCUACAUUCUGGAGCAUCCCAACCCAUUUUCCACCGGGAUGUAAAAUCAUCUAAUAUUCUUUUGAAUGAGAAACUCUCUCCCAAAGUUGCAGACUUUGGGAUUUCUCGUCUCAUCUCAGCUUCCAAUAACACACAUGUCACCACAUAUAAUAUAAAGGGCACAUGGGGUUAUUUAGAUCCUGAGUACUUCCAAACAUAUCAACUCACCGAAAAAAGUGAUGUGUACAGUUUUGGUGUAGUCUUAGUUGAGCUUUUAACAGCUCUGAAACCUAUCUCUCUAGCAAGGGACAGUGAGGAGAUGAGUUUAUCUAGUCUUUUUCUGUCCAGACUCAACCACAAUCGUCUGACAGAAAUAUUAGAUAACAGAGUAUUGGAGGAAGAAAACCAGCAAGAGAUGGAAGAUAUGGCAAGGAUAGCAAGAGAAUGCCUUCAUUUAGAAAGGAGGAAGAGACCGCCAAUGAAAGAAGUGGUGGAGGAACUUGUUUGGGUAAGAGGUGGCACAAGAAAGCAAUAUUUGAGGAGAGAAGCAUUUCCGGAGAAGCAUUUCCAGAGAAGCAUUUCCAGAGAAGCAUUACCGACAAUGCCAUACAAAUUCAGGAGUUAA